CUUCCCUCUAACACACUCUGGGGACUUCUGUCGGCUCUGGUUAUCCUAAAGGUCUCUAUACUCAGCCUAUAAGCGCAAUGGCCAAAGUAUCCCAGCUCAAGCAGCUCAAGAGCGCGCUCGACCAAGCAGGGCUCUCGCACCAACCGCAGGCGGGAAAGAAGCGCAAACGCGCCGCGCCCACCGAGCGCGACAAGGAGAAGAAAGCCGAAAGGCUGAAACAGAUCCAGCAGAAGCUUAACCCUUUUGAUGUAAAGGUGACGAAGCUGAAGCACGACGUCGGCGGGCGGAAGAUCAUUGGCACGACCGGGCGGCCUGCGCAGGCUAAGCAGGCGGGAAUCGAGCAGAGGAAAAGAACGUUGCUCAAGGAGUACGAGGAGAAGGAUCGUUCGGGAGGCAUUGUCGACCGCCGGUUCGGUGAAAAUGAUCCCACCAUGACGCCUGAGGAGCGUAUGCUGGAGCGGUUCACGCGGGAGCGUCAGCGCGCGUCGAAGGGCGCCGCGUUCAACCUUGACGACGAGGAUGAGCUCACGCACUACGGGCAAAGCCUGAACAAGCUAGAUGAUUUCGACAAUGUCGGACUGGGUCUGGACGACGAGGACGACGAUGCAAUGGACAGACGAGACGAGGCAAGACGUCAUUUUGGUGGGUUCGAAGACGAGGAUGAGGAUGACAACGAUGAUGAGCCCGAGAGGAAGAAGUCGAAGGCAGAGGUCAUGGCAGAAGUCAUUGCGAAGAGCAAGGAGCACAAGAUGAUCCGUCAAACACAACAAGAGGAGGACGAGAAUCUCCGUCGUGAGCUCGAUGGAGAGCUUGACUCUAUCCGUUCUUUGCUCUUUGCUCGGCCACCCGCGGAGACGGCUGCCGAAUCGUCCUCCGCUGCCGCUCCAGAAUACAUCCAGGCACCCCUAGCACCGCCCGAGGAUGACAAAGAGUAUGACCAGUAUGUGCGCGAACUCGCCCUCGACCGGCGCGCAAAGCCCAAGGACAGGACGAAGACCGAGGAGGAACUUGCCCGGGACGAGAAGGAGGCGCUGGAGAAGGCGGAGCGGAGACGUCUCAAGCGCAUGCGGGGAGAGGAGUCGGACAGCGAGGACGAGCAGAAGGGCGGGAAGCGUAAGCAGGCGCGAGGACGCGGUGGGGACGACCUCGACGACGACUUUUACGACGAUGAGGCAGAAGCUGGAUUGGGCGCUGGCCUUGUCGGCGACGUCGCAAUGGAAGUGCCAGAAGACGAGGAUGAAGAAGAGGAAGACAGCGAAGACGAGGACGGCAGCGAGGCGGAAGGCUCGGAAGAGGACGACGAAGAGGAUGGUUCGGUCGCCGCCGAGUUCGAGAGUGCGGAAGAAGACUCCGGCGAGGAGGACGGUGAGGAAGGCGAAUCCGAGGCACUCGUUCAAUCGAGCCGGAAACGCCGCUCGAAGUCAAAACCCGCGCGGAAGGAGCUCCCGUACACUUUCCCUUGUCCAGAAACCCACGACGAGUUGCUCGAGAUCGUUGAGGAUGUGGACGAAGCGGACGUCCCCACCAUCGUCAAGCGCAUCCGUACACUGCACCAUGCCAGCUUGGCAGAUGACAACAAGUUCAAGCUGCAGCGUUUGAAUUCCGUUCUCAUCGAACACAUCCUCUACAUCACUGCUCCCCCUACACCACGAUUCACACUCCUAUCCUCUCUGCUCCCCCACCUGGCCGCGCUCACGAAGACAUACCCCAUACAAUCUGCGGAGGCCUUCGUCGAAAAAUUCACCCUCAUGAACAAAAACCUCAAGCGUGGUCUCUCACGAGGUGCCACUGACUCAGAAGCCAAGACUUGGCCAGGGCUUCCUGAGCUUUCUCUCCUACGAGUCGCUGGUCAGUUGUGGCCGACGAGUGACAUGAAUCACGCCGUUGUCUCCCCUGCACGGGUGCUUAUGGGCUCCUACCUCGGGCUCUGCCGCGUCCGGUCAUUACAAGACAUCGCCAGCGGCCUGCACUUGUGCAGCUUGUUCAUGAGCUACGAGAAGCUGUCGAAGCGGUUCGUUCCGGAGGCGAUCAACUUCCUCGUGAACGCGAUUCUCCAUCUGGCCCCGCAUUCGUACCAGGACGCCUCAUCGGUACCGGGAGACUUCCCUUUGCAGGACUUCCGACUUGCUUCGACAGCCGAGCUCGCAUUGACGAAGAAAGCGAAGAAGUUGUCGCCAGGAAAGCCCGAUCUCAGCAAGUGCCUAUCCGAUGUCGACCUUGGAGAGCAAGAGAAGGUCGAUCUGCUCGCCCUCUCACUCGAGCUCCUUGGUCGGUUCGCCGACAUGUACAAGGGCCUGGAGGGCUUCAUUGAACUGUAUACUCCGGUCCAGGAGAUCCUCGGUUCUGUUAAGACCAGCAGCAUUCCUUCGGAUCUGUCGACUCGUCUACAGUCGCUGCAGGACACGCUUAGCCGUCUGCUCAAGUUCGCUCUCCAGGGGAGGCAUCCGCUCCGCCUGCAGGCGCACAAGCCGAUCCCCAUCCCGACCUACGUGCCCAAGUUCGAGCACACGUCGUCGAACUACCUCCGCAACCGCGACCCCGAUCACGAGCGCAACGCGGCGGCGAAGCUGCGCGCGGAGUACAAGCAGGAGCGCAAGGGCGCGAUACGCGAGCUGCGCAAGGACGCGCGCUUCCUGGCUGGGGAGCAGCAGAAGAAGCAGAAGGAGAAGGAUCUCGAGUACAACAGCCGUAUGAAGCGCGUGUAUGGCACGCUCGAGUCGGAGCGGGCGGAGGAGAAGGCGGAGGAGCGCGAGAAGGAUCGGGACAAGAGGCGGGCGGGCCGCAAGUAGCCAUCUACCAUAUAGGAUACCGC